AUGGAGAAUGAAGUGGUGAGUGUAGAUGACUCCGAAGACUUAAUCGACAUAUUUGAAGACAAGCACCCUGACCCAUUUGCGUGUAAAGUGCUUUACCAAUCAAAGACGAUAACAUCCAAACCGCCACUUGUAACAAUUCCAAAGCGUCGUCCGUCCGUUUUGUGUCGAGAUGUAGACGGGAAGACGAGAUGUGUAUUAAAAGUCGACGAACACGUGACGACGGUACUUGAUGUGGAUAUUGAAAGUUUAUCACCGCGAGGUGUUGAGUCGAAACAAAGUGGUGAUUCCAAGAAACAGUCACACAUCAUCGACAUUGAUAUGGAUGGUCCACAAGACUUUGCCAAGACUGCCGACGACGACGACGAUUGUAUUCUCGAGAAAGUAGUCAAAGGUCCAUUAAACACUUUAAAAGUGUCUCCGUCGUUUCGUGGAGUUGUGACGCUUCCCGGUCACAAUUUUGAAUAUGAAUAUAAAGAGAAGUUGAGAAAGAAGUAUCAAAUCACUCCACGGGAUAAAGCGAUACGAACAGACAUCACUAUGAGAAGGGUCUUCACCGUUGAUACGGACAAUACCAAACUCCGCGACGACGCGUUUCAUAUUGAAGUGCUUUCAGACAAUCGAUUUGAGCUUGGGAUGCACUGUGUCGACACGACCGACUUUGAAAAAGUGUGUGGGGUGGACUCCUUCUUGAAAUUGGACGAAGAACUUUCACGUGCGAAGCACGUCAAACGCGAACGAUAUGGAAAUAAGACGGAGAAAAUGGCAAAGAAGUUCUUUUCGCUGGACAUUGGGCAAGUCCGCCGCGCGAUUUCGAUCAUCGUUGUGUUGAAUGCGAACGGGGAAGUUGUAGAGAACCCGCAGAUGUGUCAGUCACUUAUUUCUGUGAAGUGCAAUAUGAAUCAAGAGCAAUUUGAGUGCAUUUUAAAGAAAAAGGCGAGUGGUGAUGCUAAUGAAUGGAGCUCGUAUGACACGACGGAGACACAUAACUGCGGAAGAGUCGUUGGAACGACAUUACAACAACUGAAGAAUGACGUGAUAAGUAUCCACAACAUAUUUUGUUAUCAUCUUGGGAAAGUCCACUCGGAAAGACUCAACGGAAGUGUUCUAGUUGCGGAAUUGGGAAGGUUUGUUGGAAGGUACAUUGGAAUGUUUCUUGAAAUGAGAUAUGGGGAGUACGCGAUGGUACAAAGAGUAAAUGGAAUGGUCAAAACACACUUCAGAAGUCCUUUAAGGAAAUUCCAAGACACAGUCGUGCUGAAACAAUUGGUGUGCGCUAUGGGGAAUAAAAGUGUGCUUGAAAUGACGAAAAAAACACUCGGAGUCGAACCACUUCUGUUCAAAAGAUUUGUUUAUAACUUUGCUCACGGCCGCUACGUAUAUUGA